AUGAUGUGCCGUACAGCCGACGCCUCCGGUUCCAGCGUGGGCUCCAUGGGGGACCGUGGCGACGAUCAUCCGCGGUCCAAGAAGGAACGACGCGCCACCUCCACCUCUGGGCGGCUGGCCUGUGAUAUUUGCCGAGAACGUGCGAACGCCCCAUACCCCACACCCCACACCCCACCCCCCACGACAAGGAAACAUAUCUCCUAUCAGGGUCGCAAACGAUAUCGUGCAGCGCAGGCGGACAUGCCGCGUCAAUUGUCCGAAUUGCAGACCCGAUUAGCACAUGCUGAAACCCUGUUGCGGAAGUCGGCGUCGACUGCAUCCACCACGGUGACGACAACACCCACGGCGCGCCCACUACCGCCCCAUGUCGAACCAUCCUGGCCGUUGAUGACGCCGUCCGAACGGCCGGGCGACCAUGAGCCACUAAUGCAGCGACUGCAGGACCAAGUCACCCCGCCGAUGGAUCGCGCGUUUGAGGGCCUGGGCAUGCUGGCCAAUCUCACCGAAGACAUCCCGGACUUUUGGGGCGUCAUGGAUCCGCUGCUGGCCCCAGACGCACUGUCGACCAUCCUGACCGGCGAUGGGACGUCUCGACUGCCCACGCCCUCUGGCAGCGGAUAUCCGCCGGCUGGGAACCUCAGCUCGGUCUCUCCUGCAUUUGACAGCUCCAUCUUCGCGACUACGCACGAACUAGAAGAGCCGAUUCCGCUGGCCGACCUGGCCGACCUGGCCGUCCUACACCAGAAAUACUUCGAUAUUUUCUACCCCGUCCUGCCGAUCUUGAAUCCAUCGCGCUUUCGUCGAGAGUGGAUCCACGAUGCCAGCUCCCCGCAAGUCCGUGCGCUCGGCUACGCGGUGGCUCUGGUGGGAUCGACGGUGGCGCCCGAGUACGCUUAUCUACAGUGGUCCUGCUACAGCAAUGCCCGCAGAUACAUCGAGCUGUGUGAACGAGACGACGACGAAACAUAUAUCACCAGUUUAAAUGCCUUCCAGGCAUUGCUCUUUGUUCUCCGCUACGAGUUGACGAAAAAGCACUUCGUCCGCGCGUGGAUGACCCUCGGUCGUGCCGGGACAUUAGCUCAGAUCCUCAAACUGCGUCAGAUCGAUAACGGGGACGCGGCGCGACAACAACAUACAUGUUCUCUCCAGGAUGCCCCCGAGAUUCGACCAUCCUGGGACAUUCGUGAUCCCGCCUCGCUAGAGGAGAUUCGUCGUUCGUUCUGGUCGUUGUACAUCUUUGAGAGCUACGGAUGUGUCCGCACGGGCCGACCCUGCACGCUGGAAGAGGAGAACUUGUGCGUCUUCCUCCCGUCGCCUGGGGAGCUCAACGAGACGUUUCGGCCCAGCCCGAUGCCGUAUAUCAGUGACUUGACACAGCUGGCGGGAGUGAGUUACCUGACCUCCUACGCCGCAGUCACGAUCAUGGUGAAGCUGGCCCGUCUCUGCUUCGAACACGUUAGCAUCCUCUCGCGCAGUGACAAUGACUCUGGCUUCUGGGACCGGCAUUACCGUCUGGUGAAGACGAUCAACGACUACACCGCGAUCUUCCAGCGAUACCUAACUGCGAAAGCUGUCCGGGAAGACGCGUUGGCGUUUUCCCUACACCUCAACCUGUGUGCCACACAUAUCAACCUCCACGAGGCAGCGAUCCGGAAGGUAGAAGAGCAGGACCUCCCCAAGCUGGUCGCCGCGGAAAGUCGCAAGUGCAGUACUGCUGCAGCUUUCAAGAUCCUCGGGGCGAUUCGGAUGAAUUGGCCGGUUCAGCGGUCGGAGCGAGAUCACUUCACCCUCCAGGCGACCUUUAUUGGAUGGCCUAUUGCGAUGAGCCUGAUCGCUUUGAGCCGGAGUCUCGCGAACGGUGACACCACUCCGAUCGGAAUCGUGGACUCGCUGCGUCUGCUGCGGGCUGCACUGGAUCACGUCGAAGAACCGGACGGGUAUUGGCAUCAGGCGAGCGGUGCGGCGGUGACUUCCCUGGCCAGGUGGGAUGAGCAGCAACGCGAGGGCCGCACGAGUGGAUGA